AGAGAGACACCUGCCUAACCGCGUGGGUUGUGCAAGUGUGCGAGCUAGCUAGUUCGCGAGGGCGGAGUGGAAGUGGGCGUCUGCUGCUUUGGGGGAAUAGGAAAGCUUUGACUCCCUCUGGGAUCCGGGGGUCGUAGUGAGAAGCGGUUCCGAAGGUUAGCCCAAGCCCCCUUUUCAGUCGCGCCUCUCCACCCGGAGCAUCUUUGAGCUGCCGGCCCUGGCACUCGCAGGCUAGUUUUGUUUGGCCCCAACGGUCCCUCCCAUUCCGCCCACCCCCGCCUUCAGUGCCUCAGUUCCCGAAGCCACGACUUCCCGCAGCUGGAACUGCAGGCCAGGGAGGACCCCAGCAGUCGACGGCGUCCAAGAGUCUGACGACAUCUGCCUGUGCCCUCCUGGGCUGGCGCCCCGCACGUCGUGCUUCUCGCUAGCAAAGUUUCUCUGUGGAAAAGAAGCCUCUUUAGCUUUCUUCGGAUCCUGCAGCGCGCGCGCGCUCGGCUUCUCUCCCCCUGAGACUGCGCUCCCGACCGGGGUGGUACCUUUGCUCCAGCCCCCUGCUCCAGCCGCUACCACCCCCCGUCCGCCCCCCUCCCUCGGCACCCCGCUGCCCGGGCCGGCUGCCUUGGGGGCGGAGCUUGGGAAAUCUGUGGAGCCAGCUGGAAAGCCUUCGACUCCGCGCGGGUCCUGAGAGAGCAGCGGCGAGCGGGCGAGCUGAUAGCCACAGCCUAAGGAUAGCUUAGGGUACCUAAGCACUGAAAUGAGCCCCCGAAGGGACGCUCAGGCUGCACCCCCUCUUCUGCCCUGGUUCAGUUCUCGGCAGGUUUGAGAGGGCGUAUUGGUGGUCAGAACUCCUUGAGAGGUGCUGCUGAGUGUUCGUGCCCCGACAGAGUGGCUACCCCGACUCCCUGCGGGGCUGCGAAAGGAGAAGGAGCCAAGGAGACAGCUGUCCCCAAGUUUUUCACGUGCCUGGAACUGGACUCCGCACUGGGCGCUAAAAUGCUUGCUUCCCCCCUGUCCAGGUUUCAUAGCAUGUCUGUUGACAAUUGGAAGCCUGGGCCAAUGAAGAGUCAAGUUCAAAGUGGUACUCCUGGCUUCUCCAUCCCAUACUCCAACAAGUGUAACAUGAAACUAGAGAGAGGGGUCUUCUGGUCUAACUAGCAGAUCUCCAUUCUGGAAUUGACCUUGACCGCUCUCUUAGAUACUUGGACUGCAGUGGCUCCAGGGUUCUCUUGAGCGGGGGUGGGGCUUGCUUUGCUCUGAAGACCAGACUACUACACUCAGAACCUCGACAAUGGACCGAGUUUAUGAAAUUCCUGAGGAGUCCAACGUGGAUCCAAUUUCAUCUCUGGAGGACGAUGUCAUCCGUGGGGCCAACCCACGAUUUACCUUCCCAUUUGGCAUCCUCUUCUCUACCUUUUUGUACUGUGGGGAGGCUGCAUCUACCUUGUACAUGGUUAGAAUCUACCGAAAGAAUAGCGAAACCUACUGGAUGGCAUACACUUUAUCCUUCUUUAUGUUUUCAUCCAUUAUGGUCCAGUUGACCCUCAUCUUUGUUCACAGAGAUCUGGCCAAAGACAAGCCACUAUCAUUAUUUAUGCAUCUAAUCCUCUUGGGACCUGUUAUCAGAUGUUUGGAGGCCAUGAUUAAGUACCUCACACUGUGGAAGAAAGAGGGGCAGGAGGAGCCCUAUGUCAGCCUCACCCGAAAGAAGAUGCUAAUAAAUGGCGAGGAAGUGCUGAUAGAAUGGGAGGUGGGCCACUCCAUCCGGACCCUGGCUAUGCACCGCAAUGCCUACAAACGUAUGUCACAGAUCCAAGCCUUCCUGGGCUCAGUGCCCCAGCUGACCUAUCAGCUCUAUGUGACCCUGAUCUCUGCAGAGGUCCCCCUGGGUAGAGUUGUGCUAAUGGUUUUUUCCCUGAUCUCUGUCACCUAUGGGGCAACCCUCUGCAAUAUGUUGGCUAUCCAGAUCAAGUAUGAUGAAUACAAGAUUCGCCUCGGGCCAUUAGAAGUCCUCUGCAUCACCAUUUGGCGGACAUUGGAAAUCACUUCCCGCCUCGUGAUUCUGGUGCUCUUCUCAGCUACCUUGAAACUGAAAGCUGUGCCAUUCUUACUGCUUAACUUCCUGAUCAUCCUCUUUGAGCCCUGGGUUAAGUUCUGGAGGAGUGGUGCCCAGAUGCCCAAUAAUAUUGAGAAAAAUUUCAGCCGAGUCGGCACCCUGGUGGUACUGAUCUCCAUCACCGUUCUCUAUGCGGGCAUCAACUUCUCUUGCUGGUCAGCUUUGCAGCUGAAAUUGGCAGACAGGGACCUUGUUGACAAAGGCCAGAACUGGGGGCAUAUGGGCCUGCACUAUAGUGUGAGGUUCGUAGAGAACGUGGUCAUGGUUUUAGUUUUUAACUUCUUUGGAGUGAAAGUGUUGCUGGAUUACUGUCAUUCCUUGAUUGCUUUGCAGCUCAUCAUUGCUUAUCUGAUUUCCAUUGGCUUCAUGCUCCUUUUCUUCCAAUACUUGCACCCAUUGCGCUCACUCUUUACCCACAACGUAGUGGACUACCUCCAUUGUGUCUGCUGCCGUCGGCACCUUCCGGGCAGGAUUGAGAACUCAGAGCUACCCUGUGAUGCCCAAGCAAGGCAAAGCGUUGUCUGAGAUUCUAUCUUCUGGGUCCUUCGGGAUAGGCUGGGGGUGGCC